AUGAUGACUCUUAUACGUCUUUUCACUUUUGCUCUGGCUUCACUAUGCUUCGCAAUCUCAGCAGAAGCCUACCAGAAGAAACCCUCACCCUUCACCUUCUCUUCAACACCGAAUGGGUUACAACUUGGUGGUCCAGACCUAGCCCCGGAAAUCAGAGUUGCGCCUGAUGACUUGCCCGGUGUCAUUCGAGUUGCCAAUGACCUCGCCGUCGACUUUGGAAAGGUUCUCGGUACCAAUGCAACGGUCAUUAAGGCUGACUGGAAAUCAACCGCCUCCUCAAAACCUUCCAAACCCGUCAUAAUCAUUGGCACAGUCGGUCGAUCCACCCUUAUCGAUGGUCUAGUCGCCUCCAAGAAACUUGAUACGACAACUCUUGUAUCCAAAUGGGAGUCGUUCUCAUACCAAGUCAUUCAAAACCCUUGGGAUGGACAAGAAACUGCCUUCGCCAUUGUCGGUUCUGACCUCCGCGGUUCCGUGUUCGGGGCGUACGAUGUCGCUGAGAAGAUUGGUGUCUCACCAUGGUACUGGUGGGCUGACGUCCCUCCAACGAAGAGGCAGUAUAUCUGGGCGAGCGAUCUCACUUACACAGAAGGCCCGCCUUCGGUCAAGUAUCGUGGGGUCUUCCUCAACGAUGAAUCCCCAGGUCUUACGAGUUGGGGACAUGCCAAGUUCAAAGACAGCCAGUAUGGCAGUCCUUUCGUUACUGACUUCUACAAGCGGAUUUUUGAGCUGGUUCUCCGUAUGAAGGGGAACUACGUCUGGCCUGCUAUGUGGUCUAGCAUGUUCUACCUUGAUGACGCCAAGAAUGGACCGACGGCAACCGAGUAUGGGAUAUUCAUGGGGACAAGCCAUCAUGAGCCCAUGGCCCGAGCAGAUAAAGAGCAAAGCAGGUUUUUGAAGGGCUCUUGGGACUGGAAGAGCAACAAAGGAGGCGUGCAGUCAUUUAUGCAAGAAGGAGCCAACAGGUCCAAGAACUGGAGCACGAUAUAUACGCUAGGAAUGAGAGGCUCGGGUGAUGCAGCUUCUGCCACUCUGACUGCUGCCGCCCUGGAGGAGGUCAUUGCCUGGCAACAAUCCGCUCUGACAAAAGCCCUUGGGAAGCCGCUGCCACAAAUCCCACAGGCAUGGGUCAUGUACAAGGAAGUACCAGGCUACUGGCAGAAAGGCAUGAAGGUCUCCGAUGAUGUUACGCUUCUGUGGAGUGAUGACAAUAGGGGCAACAUUCGCAGAAUUCCCAUCGGCAACGAACCAAACAGGAGCGGCGGUUCUGGGAUGUACUAUCAUUUCGACUAUGUCGGAGAUCCUCGUAACUACAAGUGGAUCAACACCAUUCAGCUGCAAAAGACCUGGGAGCAGAUGACUCUUGCUUAUGACCGUGGAAUAGAGAAUAUCUGGAUCGCCAACGUGGGAGAUCUCAAGGCCUUGGAACUUCCUACUGCCCACUUUAUGGCCUUGGCCUGGGACAGGGAGAGCUUCCAGGCGGCUGACAGUAUUCAAGCAUGGCUCACCGAUUGGAGCUCACGACAGUUUGGAGGAGCCGUGGCCGAAGCAACUUCUAACAUUAUGAGCACGUAUGGCAAGCUUACGGCUCGAAUGAAGUAUGAAGAUCUGAGCAGGACUCCGUUCUACUUCAACACUGUCAACUAUGACGAGGCAGAGUUGAACUAUCAGGAAUGGGUCGACUUGCUCGCGGAGGCUCAAGCUGUACAUGACAGUCUGCCGAGUGACGUCCAGGUCGCUUUCUUCGAGAUGGUUCUUCAUCCUGUGUUAGCGGGUAAGACAGUCUUUGAGAUAUACACCAAAGUCGCCAUGGGAAGCAAAUACGCAAAUGAGCAUCGAACUAGUGCCAACCAGCUCGCCAAAGAAGUUCAAACGGCCUUUUCCGCAGACUCAUCCAUAACCAAGCGCUACCACACUCUCCUGAACGGAAAAUGGGACAAGAUCCUUAGCCAGAACCACAUCGGAUACAACAACUGGCAAGAACCCGGUUCUCAGACGCUUCCCAAGCUGAGUUACACCACCUCAGCCGCCAAAAAUGCCCUCAUGGGAGUAACUGCUCAAGGAAACACAGCCCCCUUCCCUACCACCUCAAAGCUCUCCCUUCUUCCGCUUAGCCCCUUUAUACCAAAGGGCGUUGACCGAUGGGUAGAGAUAUACACCCGCGAUAACGGGACCUUCAGCUACAAGAUCACAUCAAGCGCAUCCUACAUCAACAUCACAAACCCGCAAGGCAAACUUACCGCUCCCGGUGGUUCAUCAGAUGCCCGCUCCUUAAUUACAGUAGACUGGGCCUCCGCACCGUCUGGUUCCAGCGCGGCCACUCUCACCAUCAGCAACGUCGACUCUCCCUCCACCGUCGCAACCGUCACCGUUCCUCUCGACAACGAAGCCAUCCCCUCGGAUUUCAGAGGUCACGUCGAAUACGCCGGCGCAGUCUCCAUCGAAGCUGAACACUUCUCUUCACCACCAGCCUCCUCAGCCGAGUACAUCAUCGUGCCCAACUACGGACGCACCCUCUCAGGAGUGAAGUUACCCCCCAAGACGCCCUCACAACCUGCCGGCGGCAAGGGGCACGUGCUAGUCUACCCCUUCUACACAUUCACAGCUGCUUCAACAGCCACUUUAACCGUGUACCUCUCGCCUUCCGAAAAUGCGAACCCGAACAGUCCGAAUAAGUACAGCUUUAGUGUCGAUGGGGCGAGCCUGGCCACGGUGCAGCCGGUUCCCAUGGGCGAUGGGAGCAAGCAACCGGCUGGAUGGGCGGAGGCGGUGAUUCAGAAUGCGUAUGUGUCCAAGCAGAGUCUGGGAAAGUUAGCGAAGGGAAGACACGAGUUGAGGCUCUGGCUAUUGGAGCCGACGAUGGUGGUGACCAAGUUGGUGGUGGAUGUAGGCGGGUUGAAGAGUAGCUUGAUGGGACCGCCUGAGAGCGUUUGGGUUGUGUAA